AUGGACUUGGAAUACAACAAACGCUUCAAAGUGGACGAAAAAAUGCUUCUAAUGAUUGCGUCAACCAUCGGCUUGAUUCUGUGCUUACUAUUCCUCGUGCUCGUGUACAUUACAGUUUGUCACCCGAACUUCACCCUCGUGCAGUUUUCGCAUCCUUUCGCCUCGCCGCGCAAUAAUAUCGUCAACGGAAUGGCUAAUCCCAAUGGUCGAGCGCCGGCAGUACAAUUCCAAAACGGCGUCAGUCGCAAAAGUCUGGUGAAGCAACAAUCGACCCUGAAGCGCUCCGACACGGAGUCCGAAAAUCCCGUCUUUCCAAUAUAG